UAUCAUCAGAUCGAAUCGAUCUCUCCAGCCGUCCAGUGUCGGUGUUGACUGAGGAGGGAGAAGCUGGGAGCGGCAUCGGCAGAGGCGACACCAGCGUGCCUCCACAUCGGCUUCGUCUCCGGCGCCGGCCCCCGCCCCUGCCACUCCCCCACCUCGUCCUCCCCCAGUCAGCGCCGCCGCCCCCAUCCGCCUCCGCCACCGCCCCCAUCCGCCGCCACCCCCACCCCUAUCCGCCGCCCCCAUCCACCGCUGCCCCUCGGUCAGCUCCUCCCGCCCUCCACUCCCUCCUCCCCUCCCUCAAUGUGUGGUUAGGGUUUGGCUCCAUGGAUGACUCCACCUGGCUACAGAUUGUUGGGAGGCUCGAGGAGGAGCCUGGGAGUCAAUUAGUAGUUGUACAAUCGCCUACUGAUGAACCUGAUAGUGGUGGUAGUUCUCCUCCUACUCAAGGAGAACAGCCACAGCCAGAACCACAUCCACCACCUAUUGUUGAUUGGGAAAACCUACAGAUUAUCGAACCGUUAGAUGAGGAAGGAAGGGUAAACAUCGUAGAUGAUGACCAGUUGUACGUGCUUUUGGGUUUGAGGGCUGAGGAUGAAGCCGCCGAGAAUGCUCCGAGCGGCGGCUGAAACUGAACAGGGUAAUGGUAACGAUGGCAAUGGUGCUGAAAAUGGGAAUCACGAUGAAAAUGAGGUUGAGGUUGAGCCUCCGGUCGAGGACGAGGUUGCCGGAGAAAGAAUGAUGGUGAAUGACGCGAAUAAGCCAUCCUUGGUCAAAGGAACUGUGUAUCCCGACAUGAAGGUCUUUAGAUUGGCGGUUAGACAGUUUGCCAUCAAUGAGGAGUUUGAACUUUGGGUAAAGGCGACAGAUCGUAAAAAAUAUGUAGGAGCAUGCAAAGGGGCAAGUGAUUCCCCUUGGCAUGUGAAUGGGCGUAGACAGGCUGACGAGCGAACCGUAAUGGUGACAAAGUUUACUAAUCAUCACACGUGUACAUCUAGCGGUAGAAGGAAGACUACCACACCAACCAGCGCCUGGGUUGCUUCCAAGGCCAUCCAUAUCCUUGGGACAGAUUCAGGUAUGGGCCCUAAAGAACUGCAAAAAAGGUUGCAAGAGGAUCAGAAAUGCAAAAUCAAUUAUGAUACUGUGGCUAAGGGUAGGAGUUUGGCUAUGAUCCAAUUGCAUGGUAGUUGGGAAGAGAAUUUCCAUAUGUUGUAUAGGUGGAGGGCUGCAGUCAUGGAGAGGUCCCCAGGUAGUGUUAUUGAGAUUGACACUGUUGAGGUUGAUGGGAAGGUUUAUUUUAACAGAUUCUUUUGUGCAUUUAGUCCAUGCAUUACUGGAUUUCUAACUGGAUGUAGGCCAUACCUUAGUGUAGACUCAACUGCCCUAAAUGGUUUGUGGAAAGGACAUUUAGCAUCUGCCAUAGCUAUAGAUGGAAACAACUGGAUGUACCCUCUUGCUUUUGGUUUCUUUGAUGCUGAGACUACUGAUAAUUGGACCUGGUUUAUGAUUCAAUUGCUUAAGGCCAUAGGAAAAGUAUCUCCUCUUGCAAUUUGUACUGAUGCAUGCAAAGGACUAGAGAUUGCAGUGCACCGAGUUUUCCCUUGGGCUGAACAUAGAGAAUGUUUUAACCACCUUAUGCAAAAUCUAAUCAAGAAAUAUGGUGGAUCUGUCUUCCAAGAGAUGUAUCCUGCAGCUAGAUCAUAUAGGGCACAAGUGCACGAGGAGUGUAUGGAUACAAUUAAGAAAGCAUGCACUGAUGUGGCUCUCUGGCUUGACACUUGCCAUAAAUUGAUAUGGUACAGGAGUGGCUUCAAUGCUGAAAUUAAAUGUGAUUAUGUCACUAACAAUCUUGCAGAGUGCUUUAACAAUUGGAUCAGAGAUAUAAAGGCCUUACCUAUUUGUGAGCUUGCUGACACAUGUAGGGAGAUGAUAAUGACCCUGUGGAAUAGGAGGAGAAGGAUUGGAAAUAAAUUCACAGGUACAAUUCUACCUGCUAAUUUGCACCAGUUGAGAGCUAGGACUCGAGGGUUAGGCCACUUGUCAGUUGUGCAUGCUGACAUAACCACUGCUGAGGUUUGGGACAAUAGUAGCAGCCAUGCUAGGCAUGUUGUGAGGACACAUGAGCAGUCUUGUACAUGUCAGGAGUGGCAACACACUGGCAAGCCUUGCCGACAUGCCUUGGCAGUGAUUACCUCCUAGCAAAUUAGGGAUGUAAAGUUGGAGAAGUACAUUAAUCCCUACUACUCUGUGGCCCUAUUCUGGAAUGCAUACAACUCAAUUAUUGAGCCACUCCCUGACAAAUCACAAUGGCCUAAGGUGGAUUUACCUUUUGUUCUUGGUGCACCCCUUGCAAAAAGGAACCUAGGAAGGUACAGGAAACUAAGGAUCAAGGGUUGCUUGAAAGGUGGUGGUAGCAAGCCUAAAGACAAUGCCAAAGAGAAGGCAACGAUUAGAGGAAAAAGGUGUAAAAAAUGUGGUGAGUUGGGUCAUGGACAAACUAGCUACAAGUGUAAGCUCAAUGGUACAAAGAAGAAGCCGAAACGAAAGGCAAGAUGGAACACAACGAGGUAUGGGCCGGCUCCUGCUCCUAAUGCUCCUGAUGUGGUUUAUGCCCCUGCUCCUGAUGCUUAUGCUGCUCCUGCUGCUCAUGCUGCUCCUAUACCAUAUACCCCAACUAGGCCUACUGUAGAAACCAUUAUUCAAGAAAGCCCAACAAUUGUGACAAGACGCCGGCUUGCAAUGUUAAUGGAACAAGGAGGGACAAGCUCACAACCGGCACUUGCUUCACAAGUGACAUGUAAAAGGAGGGUGAAUAUUGCUGAAUCAAGCUCACAGCCGGCUCCAUCAAAGAGGACAUGUACAAAGAAGCUCACACCCAAGAAAAUGAAGCCUACUUGAAUAGCUCCUCCUGUAUCACAACUAAUAUUGUGUGCUGUGCAUGUGAGGCACAAUUAUAGGAGGUAUUUUGUGAACCAUGGUGCAUGUGAACCAUGUUGGUGUAUGUGAACCACCUUUGUUGUUGGUGCAUGUGAGGCACUGUUAUGUGAGGUCUUUUGUGAACCAUGGUGCAUAUGAACCACUACUAUGUUGUGAACCAUGGUGCAUGUGAACCACUGUUAUGUUGUGAACCAUUGUUAUGUGAGGUAUUUUGUGAACCACAUGCUAUUCAAUAUUAUGUCAUACAUGCUGUCCAAUUUUGUUCUAUUUUGUUUUUACAAUUUUUUCAUGCCCAAAUUUUAUGGGUUAAGCUAGCUUCUCCAUUAUAUCUUUAUAACUUGGAGUGAGAAAAAUCUUGAUGUGUAUGCGCGCUUGUGGCUGAACUGGACUACACACCAUUUUUAUUGUACAAAUGUGAAAGCAAAAUAUAUUGCUCUAGCAAAGCACGUGUUAACCUGCCAUUAUCCUGGGCGAAAGGAGGACAUAGAGGCGAGGGCAUUUUGGUCCGGAGAAAAACUAAAAGAGAGUAAAAACAUUAGUACUAACAAAAAGAUCCAAAAUAAUAUUUCAGUGAACACCCCUUAGUUUAGAAUAGCAUUUUAAUGAAUCACUUUGAAGGGAUAGUAUUCCAGCGAAACCAUUCUUUUGCGAUAGCAAAAUCACAAUUUUCUCCCUCAGAAGAGGAGUUCUCCAGUAUUCCUGCACACUAGAAUCAUAUCUGAAUCAAGUGGUCAGCGAAGUGUUCAGGUGGUGUUUGCCGACGCAAUUGCCGUGGAAUAUGGAGCCGGUGCCGGUGCCGGAACCGCCGGCGGAGAUGAGGGACUGGUCGGAGCUGCUUCUGGACGCGCUCUCGGUUGUCUUCACCAAGCUCGGCGCCGUCGAGGUCCUCAUUGGCGCAGGUCUCGUGUGCCACUCAUGGCUCGACGCUGCCAAGGUGCCUGAGCUGUGGCGAACCGUGGACAUGGCCGUGCUCUACAGGGACAUGGGCUCGAAGAACUUGGGCAUUCUGACUGCAAUGGGGAAGCGGGCUGUGAAGAGAUCUAACUGGCAGCUCGAGGUGUUCAAGGGUAGGGAUUUUAUUACCAAUCAGCUCCUCAAGUAUGUAAGGCGCAGGUCGCCGUGCUGUCUGAAGAGCCUUCACCUCGAGUCAUUCACCAAGCUGAUCACCAAGUCUCCAUUGCUGGAGGACCUCGUGCUCAACUACUGCCAAAGCAUCCGCGGCGACGUCUACGCCACCGUCGUCGAGGCGUGCCCGCGGCUCAAGCGCCUCGAGGUACGCAGGCGCUUGGGUUGGUGGGAUGACGACGACAUGCUGCUUACGAUCGCGGCGAUGCACGGGCUGCGACGCCUGACGCUCGAGGGCGUCCGCGUCCGCAGCAGAGAGCUGACGGCCAUCGUCGAUGGCUGCCCUCGCCUGGAGCUUCUUGACGUGAGCGAGUGCUUCCUGCGGCGUGACAUCGUCGUCGACGGCGCCCUGCCUGCGAAAUGCGCCUCGAUCAAGACGCUCAAGCUGCCCUUAUUCUCUGAUGUUGAUGCUGCUGCCGCUGCCACUGCUGCUGAUGAUGAUGGUAUAUUUUGAUGAGUACUUCGCUUAUCAUGGCCAGUACAGCAGCAUUGAUCCGUUUGAUGACGACACUAAUUUUGACGAGUUCGGUAAAUUCAACCCUGACUAUUUCUACUAGUGCGAUGACCAUAUAGGCCACUGCAUCAAGUUGUUAAUGUUCGCAAUUAGUAUCAUCAUCUGGUAGUACUUAUUAUCUUUUCAGCCUGAUGGUUCCAUGUAAGAGUAUGUCUGAAUGCUUUUAUGAACUGUAUUAUGAGACAAAUUUCGCUCAUAUAUUUUCUCUUUCUGAUCUUGA